UGGUUUGCGCCAUAACCGUCUCUCACUAUCACACUCUUCUCUCUUUCCCUCCCAAACCAAAAAGACCAUUCUCUCCCUCUCCCACACCAGAACCUUCACUGAACCAACAAUGGCGUCUUCUUCUUCUUCCUACUGCACCCGCUGGCACGCCAUACUCUACUCCACCAUGGCCGUCAUCCUCGCCGCCAUCGCAAUCUCCAUGACCCUCCGCUCCGACCCCACCGCCCAAACCCCCCAAUCGGCCACACCCAUCAGCCACGUCAUCUCUCUCAGCGCCUCAAGAACUCUCCGGGCCUCCGGCUUCACCGUCACGGCGGCGCUCCUCCAAAUCUCGCCGGAGCUCUUCCUCUCCUCGCCGAACUCCACCAUCUUCGCAAUCGCCGACUCCCACAUCUCCAACGCCUCUCUCCCUCCUCACCUCCUCAGAGACCUCCUCAAAUACCACACCUCGCCGGUUAGGGUUUCGAUCGAAGACCUGAUGGAGAAGCCUCAAGGUUCUUGCUUGCCGACUCUGUACCGGAAAAAGACCGUCACGGUCACGAGGAUCGAUCGGAAGAAUCGGACGGUCCAGAUCAACCGGGUUUGGGUCUCGCACCCGAAUCUGUUUCUAGAAGGAUCCGUUUCGAUUCACGGCGUUCUUGGCCCGUUCGCGGCCGUGGAUCCCGAAUAUGACGUCAUUCACGCUCCUGUGUGCGACUCCAAUUCUAGCGUCGUUUCUGGUUCUGGUGGAUUGAAGAAGAGCAAUGUGGAAUGGGGUCGGAUUAUUAGGUUGCUGAGCUCAAAGGGGUUUGUGCCGUUUGCAAUUGGGCUGCAUUCUGUUCUUGAUGGGAUUCUUGAAGAUGAGAGAAAUGUGAGCUCUGUGACGAUUUUUGUGCCACCAAGAUUGGAGCUUGGAGCUCAUCAUCAUCAUCCUCGGGCUUUGCUUGAGAAGAUUGUGAGGUUUCACAUUGUGCCGCAGAGGCUUACACACCAGGAGCUUUCGGCAUUGCCUGCGAGGACUCUGCUCAGGACUAUGGUUCAUGGUGAUCAGCCUCUUGAAGUCACUGGGUUCAUGAGUUUCAUGCCGGAAUUGGUCAUCAAUGGAGUGAGGAUCGUGGCGCCCGACAUCUAUUCUUCAAACAACUUGGUCGUCCAUGGGAUUUCCCGAGCUUUCGAGGUGAAUGAUCUGCCUAAUACCCAAUAAAGAGUAGAACAUCUUCUGGAGUAGUAUUAGGGUGUUGAGCAUGUUAGAUUUGUUGUUUUGAAAAUGUAGGUGUACAUGGUGUUUUGCAUAGAGUGACAUUGUUUUUGCUGCAUUGCAAGAACAAUGCUGUCAAAGCUGUGAUGUGUUGUAGGCUCCUUUUUUGUGUUCAAGGAAUAGUUGAACAAUGUAAAGUUGCAACACUGGCAUUAGGAUCAAUGCUACUGGAAAUUGAUGUAACUGUGAUUUGAUUAAUGCAUGGUAGUAGAAAUUCAUGAUUGCCUAGUAGAUAAAUGCUACUAGAAAUUCAUACAA